CGUCAAAGGCAGGGUUUUGGGGGCAAGAGGUUGCCUUUCCCGAAAACUAUAAAUACUUCUCAACUCCCCCAAUUUUAUGCCCUAGAUACAAUUUCCUCUGGGGGCUUCACUUUCGCCUCCCUUGACCGUGACAGGCUGAUUGCAGCGAAAAUAAGCUUCUAACAGCCCCUAAACCCUACUUUUCUUAUCAAUUACUCCAUGGAACCAUCUUCUUUUAGGGAAGGAGAGCUUCAGGGAGAUGUGGAUAUGGCUUCUUUUCCUCCUCCUUGAUUUACUGUAACAAUCAAAGAUGGAAGCGGCACUGGUUUAGUUUGAAUUGGUGGACCGCCUGUUUAUUGACGAUGGAUGCAGUGAAGUUUUCUCUUCCGGCGGUUGUAGCUGUGUCUAAGCUUUUGAACGCUGAGAGUUUUAGUAGAGGUGGGGUUACUACUGUUGAGGAAGCAGAAGUGCGAAAAGCUGAGGUUGGUUCCAUUCUUGGAACCCCUCCUCCGAUUAAUGGUUGGAUCUCUUCGUGUAGCUCUAAAGAUGUAAUGCGUGUUGUUACUACUUCAGAACAAGAUUCAGCUUCCAGACACAGAAAGGCUGAAGUUGGAUCUUGUAGUGAUGAAAAGAAACAUUCCAAUUUUCAAAGUGAAAAUAUCACAGAACACGGUGGGAAUGUAAAUAGUUCUCUUUUCAUGUUGCCCAAGAGUGCAGGUAAACACUGUAAUCGAAAAGCAGGAAAAAGUGAGAGUACUAGCCCUUGCUCGAAGAGACAAAGAACAGAUCAACUGGAAGAUGCCGUGAACCAUGAUGGAACUGAUGAUAGUAAUUUGAUAUCUGAGAAGCCUGGAUCCAGUCAAGCAAAAUGCACUUUCGCUGGUAAGAAAUCUGGGGCUGUGAAACAGAAGCAUGGCCGUGAUGGCAAACGUGUUAAAGCAAAGAAUAAAUUGGAUCCUUUCUUUCCAAAGGGUGGUCUAUUGAGCUCUAAUUCGGCUGUAGGAGGGAACAACAUUCUAGGAAUAUACGGUCUUAAGUCAGAUAUUCAUCAUGUUACAAAGCAUGUAGAUGAGCUGCCAUUGAAUGAGCUCCUUGAUGGUAGUUAUGAAUGUUAUAAUCUGUGCCAAGACAUAGGGAAGAAGGUAGGCAAUACAAACGAAGACAUUCUACAUUCAGUCAGAAAGGCUUGCUCUAUUCUUCAGUUCAAGAGACCUGUGCAGUCCCAAAAUUCUUUUGAGCUAGAUGGUAGCUCCAACAGAAAAGCACCUUCAUGGCUAGUGAUCUCUGGUUCUUGCGGCACAAGCAGUAUGGACUGUGAUAAACUGGAUAACAACAGGGCAGAUUUAACUUCGUACAGUGAGAUUCACGAUUCCUCUAGCAAGCCUGGACCUUCUGUCAAUUUCAACAAUUCCUCAUUACUUCAGCCUAAAGAUAUCCUAGAACGCUUAGCACUACCACCAGCCAAAGAUUUGGAUUCUCUCUUAUUGGAUGUGGCCAAGCCAACCGUGUCUUCAAGGAGUUCUACAGAUCUACGUCCGAGCAAGCUAACAUCCAAGAGAGUUGGCUUGCCCCCUUUUUCUUGGUCUCAUUCUAUGCCAUGUAAAAUGAAUGCUGAUGUGGGCAAGCUGUGUACAACUAGGAGCACAAGUCAAGGUCGAUGGGUGAGGAUAGGAAGCGCUGCCAGCUCUCAUGGGGAUGCCCGUGGUCGUUUUUCAGAUUUGGAUUCAUUGAGUUAUGAUCUCAGUUUAGUUCCUUCAAGAGGACUAAAGCUGGGUCUUUCUGAAGAAGAAAAAGUUCCCCCAGUGCUUGUUAAACCUCCUUGGUAUGAGCCAUCAUCAUCUAUUCAUCCAGCUUCUCAAAUCCCAGAAGCUGAUCAGGAUAUGAAGUAUCAGGGAAAUAGUGACAUCUCAAAGGGCCUCUCAGCAAAUAAUUUUCUAUUUCAAGAACAGAAAGACAACUUAGUUGAAAAAGAGCAGUCCAAAAUUAAAAGCGAUGGUGGUUCUGCUAAUAGCUACUGUUCUCCAUCAAAAUCUGCUGCUGGUGGAUGCAAUGGACUUUUGUCGAAUUCACUUAUUCCAGAAAACUCGAAAGAAGUUGUACAUUCUCCAAGAGUACUGGCUGCUGCUCAUAUACUGUGUGAGAUGGCGAGUGAUUUCAGGAAACCAAUCCAAAACAAUGAGAAGAUCAGAUGGCCUAAGAAACCAUCACAAAAGGCCAUGAAAGCUUGCAAGUCAAAGUGUUCAACAGGAAAAGCGGUUCUGUCUGUUGCAGCAAAAUCAGUGAAAGGAUCUGGUGAUCUGGUCAAGUUUGCUAACCAGAUGACAUUGUCAAAGCCGCCCAAGUUCUCCACAACCGAUAAGAAUAAGGAUCUGGAUUACACCAACAAUCUUGGAAGAGGAUUAAUAAAAUGGCCGACAGGCCCGACUCCGACAUCAAGUACAUCAUCUCCUAGUAAAUUAGAGAAGGUCCCAGUUGCUGAUUCUAAGCUAUUGAACACUAACAUGGUAAAUCUACUAGGUAUGAAGCCCUUUUCCAGUCGAGUACCAGAGAAGGCGUGCAACAGUCAUCAAAAGCCAAGGAAACCACUGACAGUGGAUUGGGUAAGAGGGAGGUGCAAGAAAGAGUAAAUUAGCUCCUUCAUUCUUGGCAACACCUGUCCGUUUAUUUAGCUUCGGGCUCGGUAUGUAUAGUACUUCGCGAAUUGAGUUUGAUGUCGUAAUGGUGUAUUUAGUAAUCUGUCGUUGAUGUUUUAACAAUAAAUUGGAUGGUGGAGGGCAUUGCAUUCAUUCUAGGGAAGGUUGUAAAUUGGUCUUGCCUUGUGUAGAGCAUUGGAUUAGGCAAUAGAAUUCCCUGUUUGUUUC